GAACCAGUGACCUUUCGGGAUGUGGCUGUGGACUUCACCCAGGAGGAGUGGGGGCAGCUGGACCCUAUCCAGAGGACUUUGUACCGUGAUGUGAUGCUGGAAACUUUUGGGCAUCUGCUUUCCGUGGGGCCUGAUCUUCCCAAACCUGAAGUCAUCUCCCAGCUGGAGCAAGGGGCUGAGCUAUGGGUGUCAGAGAGAAGAAUUGCCCAGGGACACUGUCUAGGCUGGGAGCCUAAACCUGAAUGCCAAAUUUUGCCCAAAGAGCAGGGCUAUCCUGAAGAGGAGCCAUCCUAUGUCAUGAAAAGGGAUGCUGCUUGUCCCUCCAUGUUUGGGGAAGGCUGGAAAUGUGAGAGCCAGAGCCAGACACUCAAGAAGGACCAGAGUAACUUGAGACAACUGGAAUUUGGCCUCAAGGAAUCACCAGUUCAAGAUCAAAGAUACAGAAGUCUUAGAUUUGGGGAAGACUGUGCCUUGAAUUCAAACCCAAACCUUUUCCUAGAGGAUUCUAAGAAAGAAUAUUUCUGUAUUUACAACUCACAGGUCACAAACUCAGAACAUAGCUCAGUCAGUGUGCAAACAGAUUCUGCAGGAAAACAAUCCUGUGAACAUGGUGAGUAUCAUGCUUCCAAUAGGGCUGUCCCUGUUAUGGAACUUGCGAGAAGCCAAGUGCAGGAUAAACCCUACAAAUGUACCGACUGUGGGAAGUCAUUCAACCAUAAUGCGCAUCUCACAGUACACAAGAGGAUUCAUACAGGAGAGAGACCUUACAUGUGCAAAGAGUGUGGGAAAGCCUUCAGCCAAAACUCCUCACUUGUUCAACAUGAGCGAAUCCACACGGGAGACAAACCCUAUAAAUGUGCUGAAUGUGGGAAAUCUUUCUGCCAUAGUACACACCUUACUGUCCAUCGAAGAAUUCAUACCGGCGAGAAACCCUAUGAGUGUCAGGACUGUGGAAGGGCCUUCAACCAGAACUCCUCCUUGGGCCGGCACAAGAGGACACACACUGGAGAGAAGCCGUAUAGCUGCAGUGUGUGUGGGAAGUCCUUCUCUCGAACCACUUGCCUAUUUCUGCACUUGAGAACUCACACUGAGGAGAGGCCUUAUGAGUGUAACUAUUGUGGGAAGGGCUUCAGGCACAGUUCCUCUCUGGCCCAGCAUCAGCGGAAGCAUGCUGGGGAGAAGCCUUAUGAGUGCCACCAGAGGCUGAUCUUUGCUCAGACACCAGCUUUAACAAAGCACGAAUGGGUGGAAGCCCUCAGCUGUGACCCACCUUUGAGUCAAGAUGAGAGGACUCCUCGGAGUGACAGGCCCUUUAAAUGUAACCAGUGUGGGAAAUGUUUCAUCCAGAGCUCCCACCUCAUCCGUCAUCAGAUAACACACACCAGAGAAGAGCCCCGUGGACGAAACCGGCGCCGUGAGCAAUCUUGUGGUAGGAGCUCGCAUCUCACCCAGCAUCAGUACUCAAAUUCAGAAGAGAACACUGCAGGCCGGGCAAAGGCAGGACAGUCAGCAAGCAAAGCCCUGGCCUUGUUUGACAUCCAUGAGAUCAUCCAAGAGAAAAACCCUGUGCGUGUUAUUGGGGUGGAAGAGACUUCUAUGGACACUUCCAUGUUAUUUGACAUCAGAAAAUCCACAUAGGAGUGAAACUCUGCAGAUGAUUUUGAACCACAGGUAGAAGAGUGUGGUAAGUCUGCGUAGUAUGUUCAUGGAAAAAGCUUGGGCUAUAAAUGCUAGUGGUGACCUCUGACUUUCUAAGGAAAUGGUGUUUCCCAAAUACCUGAGAUAAGUGGCUCCCAAAUCAGUGUCCCCUUUAACAACCAUCAUUUUGAAAUGUUCCUUCCAGUGCUCCCAAAUGAGUGCAGUGAUAAUGUAACCUCCCUACAUGUAUAAUGUCAAAAAUCAAUAUACAGCCCUAUGUCAGCCCAUGACAUGGUAUGGUUAAGGCAGCUGGAUCUCACAUGGCCUACUGUGAAUUUCAAGCCCUGGACCCAGCAGCUUCAAGAACAUGUUGA